AUGGACGGCAUUAGAUCACUGCUGGGCCAUGGCAAUGAGCUGGCUCGUCACUUCUGCCAAAGGGUUCGCUUCCGCACGUUGGUCUUCGUGUUGACUCUCUUAUUCAUACCAUUAACAAUCCUCUUCAUCCUAUAUUUGCAAUGGCAUUCUGCUUUUGAGGCCCCAAAGGCAGAAAUGGCAGAGCAUUUUAAUCCUGUUAUGACGCUUGGACCUGAGAGAGAUCUGAAGUUUUUGCUCCAUCCACAAGAUCAUGUGUCGCGUGACCCAGGAAUUAGACACUUCUCGUGGAAUAUCACCAAAGGCAUGAUCGCUCCCAACGGUGUUCAAAAGGAUGUCUUUCUCAUAAAUAACGAGUUUCCCGGCCCCACAAUUGAGGCUCGAUCUGGAGACACGCUCGAGAUUGAGGUUUUUAACUUCGCUGAGGAAGAGAUAUCCCUUCACUGGCAUGGACUGCACAUGAGGGGAGCAAAUCAAAUGGAUGGACCAGUUGGCAUCACCCAAUGUGCAAUAAAGCAAUGGGGACGGCUUACAUAUCAAGUCCCGAUAGGUGACCAAGCAGGAACAUUCUGGUAUCACGCACAUUCGGAAGUUCAACGGGGAGACGGCCUCUAUGGUGGCCUUGUAGUCCACAACCCAACAGCUUCUCCAGAAAAUAUCGAAUACCAGUAUGACAAUGAGCUGUUGUUUUUGGUGGGUGACUGGUAUCACUGGCCCGCCGCAAGAGUUCUUGCUACUUUUAUGAGCCCCACUAGCACUGGUGUAGAGCCGUGUCCCGAUGCUCUCCUUAUAAACGGUCUAGGUUAUUUUGAUUGUUCUAUGGCUACCCACGGGGCUCCAGUUAACUGCAGCCAUGUAGAGAAGCCGUGGCUUAUGUUAAAUAAGAAAUACCGUUAUAGAGUCCGACUUGUGAACGUUGGAUCUUUGACUGGCUUUUCGUUCACCAUACCGGACUCGAACUUUGUAUAUCAUUCAAUCCUUUAUCCUGCUGAGAGGGUAGAUUUUAUUGUUUCAUGGCCCGAAUCGGUCACCGGAGCUGAUACUGAAGUAAUCAUUGAAUUAGACGAUGAAUUUUUCUUGCGCCCUAACUUUGCUCUUACACCAACUCAGUCUUUCCUUCUCGCAGCAGAAUCCGGGAAACAUCAGUCUACAAACAACACCACAGAAGUUCAUCGAUUGAGUCUUCGAGAUGUAAAGGGGCCGCCACUUGCCGAACCUCUGCCUUCUCCUGGCAAGACGUUUAUGAUAUACACUGCCAUUGAGGCUUUGACUCACCUCAACAACAUUCCUCAUGGAUUCAUCAACCAUGCCUUUUGGGAACCGCAGAACUUACCACUAGUAUCUCUAGACCGAGAGAUCUGGGACUCUCAUCAACUUGUUCCUUGGACUGGUUCUGAGCCCACAUGGGUUGAGCUAACCAUCAACAAUAUCGAUGCCAACGGCCACCCUUUUCAUCUUCACCGGUUUGAUUUCCAUGUUAUCACUUCAUACGAGGGAAAAGGCGGCUGGGACUACUAUAAUCCCUUCACCCCAACAAGACCCCCUCGCGGUGGCCCAUUCAACCUCGAAAAUCCGAUACAUAAAGACACUGUUUAUGUGCCUCCGUGGGGCUAUGUGGUUAUUAGAUUUUUAGCAGAUAAUGAAGGCAUCUGGGCAUUGCAUUGUCACGUUUUGUGGCACCAAGGAAGUGGGAUGUCUAUGGCUUUCCAGGUACUCGGGCAUGAACAGAAAGGUUUCAGUGAUAGUAUUGUUGGAUUAAGCGCAGAGAACCUUUGCAUGACUUAG